GAACCAGAUCCAGCUUAGUAGAGGGUUACAUUGGGAUUGCGAGGAAGGAAAGGGGGCGUGGCCGCGCAUGCGUAGAACCAGAUCCAGCACGAAGGGAAAUGCUUAGCAGAGGGUUACAAUGAGCGUGAGAGGAAUGAAAAGGGGCGUGGCUACGCAUGCGCAGAACCAGAUUUGCAGGGAAAGGCGAUACUUAGAGGUGUGUUGUAAAUCUUUCCGCCAAUCAGCGUCAGAGGAAGGAACAAGGGGCGUGGCCGCGCCUGCGCAGAACAGACGGAGGCCGGAAGAGGCGGGGCUGCGCCUGCGCAGAAGGGAGGGAGCGUGCUCCGCGUGUCUGAGGGAAAUUUUUUCCGGUGCCUGCCGGUGAAGGAAGUGCCUUCAUGUCGUGGCUCUUCGGCCUGAACCGCGGAGGGGGAGGCGGCGGAGGCGGCGACGCUUCUUCUUCCCCGGGCCUCCCUCCGCUGCCUCCUCCGCCUUCGGGAUCCUCCUCCGGGGAAGGCGCCGGGGAGGCGGGCCGGCCCAAGGACAAAUGGAGCAACUUCGACCCCACCGGCCUGGAGCGCGCCGCCAAGGCCGCCAGGGAGCUCGACGCCUCGCGACAUGCCAAAGAGGCCCUCAACAUGGCACAGUUGCAGGAACAGACCCUCCAGCUAGAGCAGCAGACCAAACUCAAGGAGUAUGAGGCUGCCAUAGAGCAACUGAAAAACGAGCAGGUCCGGAUACAAGCGGAAGAGAGAAGGAAAACGCUGAGUGAAGAGACAAGGCAACAGCAAGCAAGGGCACAAUAUCAAGACAAGUUGGCCAGGCAGCGGUAUGAGGACCAGCUAAGGCAGCAGCAACUCCUUAAUGAAGAGAAUUUGAGAAAGCAAGAGGAAUCUGUUCAGAAGCAGGAGGCCAUGAGGAGAGCUACGGUGGAGCGGGAGAUGGAGCUCCGGCAUAAGAACGAGAUGCUGCGGAUCGAGGCCGAAGCCCGCGCACGAGCCAAGGCCGAGCGGGAGAACGCAGACCUCAUCCGGGAACAGAUUCGGUUGAAGGCAGCCGAGCACCGCCAGACUGUGCUGGAUUCCCUCAAGACGGCCGGGACGCUGUUUGGCGAGGGAUUCCGUGCCUUUGUCACAGACUGGGACAAAGUGACUGCCACGGUGGCCGGGCUGACCCUCCUGGCUGUGGGCAUUUACAGUGCCAAGAAUGCCACCGCCGUGGCCGGCCGGUACGUGGAGGCCCGGCUGGGCAAGCCUUCUUUAGUGCGGGAGACCUCCCGCAUCACUCUGCUGGAAGCUCUCAAGCACCCCAUUAAGAUUGGCAAGCGGCUCGCCAGCAAGGCCCAGGAUGCCCUCGAAGGCGUUGUUCUCAGCCCAAAGCUGGAGGAGCGCGUGAGGGACAUUGCUAUUGCGACCCGGAACACGCGGAACAACAGAAGCCUCUACCGGAACAUCCUCAUGUACGGCCCCCCGGGCACAGGGAAGACCCUCUUUGCCAAGAAACUAGCCACACAUUCCGGCAUGGAUUACGCCAUCAUGACGGGCGGUGACGUGGCCCCAAUGGGGCGGGAAGGGGUCACUGCCAUGCAUAAGGUCUUCGACUGGGCAAACACCAGCAGGAGAGGUCUGUUGUUGUUUGUGGACGAAGCAGAUGCGUUCCUGCGUAAGCGGUCAACGGAAAAGAUCAGCGAAGACUUGCGGGCCACCCUCAAUGCUUUCUUGCACCGAACAGGGCAGCACAGCAACAAGUUCAUGCUGGUCUUAGCCAGCAACCAACCCGAGCAGUUCGACUGGGCCAUCAACGACCGGAUCGACGAAAUGGUCCACUUUGCGUUGCCGGGCUUAGAAGAGCGAGAGCGGCUGGUCCGGAUGUAUUUCGACAAGCACGUCCUGAAGCCGGCCACCGAGGGCAAGCAGCGCCUGAAGCUGGGCCAGUUUGACUAUGGGAAAAAGUGCUCCGAGAUUGCCAAGCUGACCGACGGCAUGUCAGGUCGGGAGAUCUCGCAACUCGCUGUCGCCUGGCAGGCGGCUGCCUACGCAUCCGAGGACGGCGUGCUCACGGAGGCGAUGAUCGACGCUCGCGUGGCCGACGCGGUCCAGCAGCACAAGCAGAAAAUGGAGUGGCUGAAAGCCGAGGGCAUGGGGCCGGGAAAGAGCCAGCCGUUGCCUCUCCCGCUGGGGAAGUCCGUGUGAGGAGGCCCCUUUGGAUGCGCAGAAAGAGGAAAGGAGAGACGGAGAAAGCACGCCAGGCCGAGGGAUGACGGGCAAGCGGCCUUUCGCCUUGGACGGAAGCAAAUCAUGUCGAGGAGAACACAAACGUUGUGCCAAUGAAGAAGGAUCAAGGGGUCACGUUCCGAAAUCCGCUGUCUCUGGAUUAUUAUGAUUAUUUUAACAGCUGGAAUAAAUGGUAUACAUGUGGGACUGUAUCCCAGGAGAGGAUACCAACACAUUAAAACAAUGCCACUGCUAAACAA